UGAGGUGGGGCAUGAGGGAGGGGGAGACGAGAAUGGUAGUGAGGGAGGGGAAGUGAGGGUGUGACAUGCUCUCCAAGUGUGUGUUUAGGAAAGAGGUGUGUGCGUGUGUGUGUGUGUGUGUGUGUGUGUGUGUGUGUGUGUAUUCCUCGUAUUACUCAUCCAUUUAAGUACGUAAUACAAUUUCUUCGCAUAUUGGAAUUACUUGCCAUCAGUGUGUGUGUGUGUGUGUGUGUGUGUGUGUGUGUGUGUGUGUGUGUGUGUGUGUGUGUGUAUUCCUCGUAUUACUCAUCCAUUUAAGUACGUAAUACAAUUUCUUCGCAUAUUGGAAUUACUUGCCAUCAGUGUGUGUGUGUGUGUGUGUGUGUGUGUGUGUGUGUUCCUCGUAUUACUCAUCCAUUUAAGUACGUAAUACAGUUUCUUCGCUUAUUGGAAUUACUUGCCAUCAGUGUGUGUGUGUGUGUGUGUGUGUGUGUGUGUGUGUGGACUGAUGAGUGUGAACUAUUUAUCGAUUCAGCGUUAUCGACUACACCUGAAGGACACAAGAAGGGGGGGGAGGAGGAGGGAAGGAAGGAAGGAAAAUAUAUGAGGGUAUGAAGAGAAGAAUGAAGAGAGGGAAAGAUUGCAUAGUGUUUAGAGGAGAGAAGAUUGUGGAAACAUAACGAGUAAGGAUGAGGAAAGAAGAGGAGGAGGAGGAGGAGGAGGGUGGGGUUGUAGAGGAAAGGAAUGUAGAAGGUAUUUAAAGAGAGGCGGGGACGGGGAAAGUUACUGGAGAAUGCGAGGAACGGAUUUAUAAGUAUAGAGGGUGGGAGGGGGUUAAUUGUAUGGGGUGAAGGGGAAAAUUUAGCUGGUGUGAUGAGACAGAGUGAUGGCGAAUAAGAGAAAACAGGAAGCUAAUGGAAGAAAAAAAAUCAAAAUAUCCGUUUUAAGGAAAGGAAAAAAAAUUGAGGUAUGGCUGCAUGAGUGAGACGUAAAAUGAGGCGUAGAGGCAUGAGGAACGAACGGAGAGAAGUGAGGAAAGCGGAAGUGAGAGCUGAAUCGUGAAAUGUUCGGCAAUGAAGUGAAGGAACGGUGACGUGACGCAUGGGCCGUAAGUAACCAAGAGGGUGAAAUUGAGAGGAAAUUCGAAAUGGAGUUCAGUGCGAGGGUUAGAGGGUUACAGCGAGACGAGUAAAGUAAAUGGGAGUAAAUGGUAUAAAGGGGGAUAAAUAAAGUAAAUGGGAGUAAAUGGUAUAAAGGGAAUAAGUAAAGUAAAUGGUAAAAUAAGUCGAGUGAGGGUUAAAGAAUUACAGAGCCGUGAGAGAAGUAAAUGGGGAAAAGGUAAAAAAAAAAAAAGGACAUAUAGGCCUACUAGAAUGGCGAAUAGGGAGGGAGUGAAGGGGAAAAGUAAGACUACCUGUGGGGGAAGAAAGUAAGGUUAAAGGCUCAUAAGACGUAGGGAGGUAAAGGAAAGGGAGAAAAUGGUAAAAUAAUUGAAAUGUUCUGGGAUUGUGAAUUAUGAGGGAGUGAAUGAUGGGGGAAAAGUAAGACCAACAGCGAAGGGUGAAGGGAAGGUUAAAUGAUCUUACGGACAUAAAAGUAAAUUGAGGUGAAGGAAAGGAGGAAAAGGGUAAAAUAAUUGAAAUGUUCUGGGAUGGCGAAUUGUGAGGGAGUGAAUGAUGGUGGAAAAGUAAGACCAACUGCGAAGGAGGAAGGGAAGGUUAAAUGAUCUUACGGACAUAAAAGUAAAUUGAGGUGAAGGAAAGGAGGAAAAAGGUAAAAUAAUUGAAAUGUUCUGGGAUGGCGAAUUGUGAGGGAGUGAAUGAAAGGGGAAAAGUAAGACCAACUGCGAAGGGUGAAGGGAAGGGUAAAGGAUCAUAGGGACAUAAUAAGUAAUUUGAGGUGAAGGAAAAGAGGGAAAAAAAGGAAAAAUAAUUGAAAUGUUCUGCGAUGACGAAUUGUGAGGGAGUGAAUGAUGGGGAAAAAAUAUAAUACCAACUGCGAGGGAAGAGGGAAGGUUAGAGAUCAUAGGGACAGAAUAAGCAAUGGGAGGUAUUAAAAGGAAAAAGGUAAAAAUAAUUGACACGUUCUGGGGUGACGAAUUGUGAAGAGAAUGAAUGAAGAGGAAAAGUAAGAAAAACUGCAAGGGAAAAAGGGAAGGUUAAAGGAUCAUAGGGACAAAAUAGGUAAAGAUGGAGGAAAAGAGGAAAAAGGUAAAAAAAAGAAAUGUUCUGGGAUGGCGAAUUGGGAAGAGAAUGAAUGAUGGGGAAAAAAGUAAUACCAACUGCGAGGGAAGAAAGGAAGGUUAGAGAUCAUAGGGACAAAACAGGCAAAGGGAGGUGAAGGGAAAAGAGGAAAAGGGUAACAUAAUUAACAAGCUCAUGGGUGACGAAUUAUAAGGGAGUGAAUAAGAGGGAAAAGUAAAACAUGUGAGUGAGAGAGGGAAGGAAGGUUAAAGGAUCAUAGGGAUAAAAUAAGUAAAGAUGGGUGAAAGAAAAAAGGAAAAAAAAAGGAAAGUUAUUGACAUGUUCUGGAGUGACUGGUUGUAAGGGAGGGAAUGAAGGGGGGAAAGUUGACCUAAUGGGAGGGGGAUAGAGAGUUUAUGGAUUGUGAUAGACAUAAAUAGUGGGGAAGGAAGGGAUGAAAAAUAAAGACAUGUAUUGGGAUGACAAAUUGAGGAGAGAGAGAGAGAGAGAGAGAGAGAGAGAGAGAGAGAGAGAGAGAGAGAGAGAGAGAGAGAGAGAGAGAGAGAGAGAGAGAGAGAGAGAGAGAGAGAGAGUCCUUUAUGGUUACCUAGCGCCCACAUGACCCAGGUAAUGGCAUAUAUACUCACAUAUGUCUGGGAAUACUACUGGAUUAUUGACUACAGGUGUGUGUGUGUGUGUGUGUGUGUUCUGGUGACGCUGCUGAGUGGUUCCUAGAAACAUUUUAUUUUGUGUUCGUGUUGUCCUGUCUGAUGCAUGGCAGUAUGACAAAGAAGCAGCUGUGUAGUAGUAGUAGUAGUAGUAGUAGUAGUAGUAGUAGUAGUAGUAGCAGUAGUAGUAAUGGUGGUAGUGGUGUUUUGUAUUGUAAUGGUCGUCGUCGUAGUAGUAGUAGUAGUAGUAAUGGUGGUAGUGGUGUUUUGUAUUGUAAUGGUAGUAGUAGUAGUAGCAGUAGUAGUAGUAGUAGUAGUAGUAGUAGUAGUAGUAGGAUUAAAAAAACAGCAACAACAAAACAACAGUAACAAGUAAAACAAGCAAAACAUGAAAAUGAAGUAGUUGGAGGUAAUUGUCGUAUUUGCUAUAAUGACGCUUGUGAUGGUGGCUGAGUUAGUGGUGAUAAUGCUUCAGUGCUUUAGUGGUGGCAUACGUACGUAGUGAUAUUCCUGUACUAGUGGUAUGCCUUCUAUGUUAGUGGUUAUAGUGGUGCUCAUGGUGAUGGAGGUGGGCGGGGACUGACGGAAGUGAUGGCGAUGAUGAUGGCGGCUGAUGGGGGAAGGGGGGCGCCGUGGCUGAGUCUUGGCGCCGGUACACUGGACAUUCUCCAAGUUGCUAUUCAUCCUACGUCGCAAGGAAGUCCUGGUUGAGGGAGGGAGGGAGAUAGGAGAGCGGAGGAGGCGAGGGAAAGACAGACGAAGUAAACGGAAGAGAGGAGAGGAAAAGACAGACGGGGUAAAGGUGAAGGUUGGGAAGGGCAGACCGCGUAAAGAGGAAAAUGAGAAGGAUAGAUUGGGUUAAGAGGAAGAGUAAUAGGCAGAUAAAGUAAAGUAAAGAGAUAAAAGAAGAGGCAAAUGAAAGAAUAACUGAUAGGGCAAAGGGGAAUGAAGGAGUAGGGAAUGAUAACCACUGUACAGAAGACGGGAAGGACAGAAUAGGUAGAAGAUAUGGAACUGACAGAUGGGAGAAAGAAAAAAAAGGACAGAUUGGGUCGAGGAGGGAAGGAAAUGCGGACAUGCGGGGAGUUUGAAAAAGAAGUAGAGGCAGGUCUUGGAGACGAAAGGAAAGCAAGAAGAGUGGCGGAGGAGAGAAGGAAGAACAAUCAUGACGGAGGAGAGAGGGAAGCUCAACUUAGUGUAUGAGAGAGAGAGAGAGAGAGGGAGAGGGAGAGAGAGAGAGGGGGGGGGAGAUGAUAGGGAGAGGAGGGCGAAUGGGGCGUGGUUUUCACUAAAGAUGCGAUGGCUUGCAGAGGUCCCCCCAUGCCAGGGAGGAAGUGGAAGUGUCCCUCCUCUACUCAUCCAAGUUCCACCCUCCUCCUCCUCCUCCUCCUCCUCCUCGGAUCUAUAUGCCUUAUUGAAAUACUCCCUCUCCCUUCCUUCAUUCCAUCCCUUCCCUAUUUCCUUUCCUGAUUCCUUUUCUCCAUCGAUCCAUCCUCUUUUUGGCUCCCGUUUUUACUUGCUUCAUAUACUUACUGUUUUUUCUUAUCCUUUUCAAUUUCCUCCUCGUUCCCUUCUUUUCCCGCAUUAUUUUCCAUCCCCAAAUACCUGCCCCUUUUCAUUUUCCUCCUCGCUCCCUUCUUUUUCCGCAUUAUUUUCCAUCCCCAAAUACCUGCCCCUUUUCAUUUUCCUCAUCGCUCCCUUUUUCCGCAUUAUUUUCCAUCCCCAAAUACCUGCCCCUUUUCAUUUUCCUCAUCGCUCCCUUUUUCCGCAUUAUUUUCCAUCCCCAAAUACCUGCCCCUUUUCGUUUUCCUCCUCGUUCCCUUUUUCCGCAUUAUUUUCAAUCCCCAAAUACCUGGCGCCCCUUUCCCCCGCUCAUACAUUGUGCCUUCCCAUCCUUAAAUCCCGGCCGUCCUUUCCAUCUACGGACGCGACUGGCUUCCUGGCGCCACACGGACGCGGCGCCACACCAGCGGAGGAAAGGAAGGAAGGAGGAGGGAGGAGGAAAGGAGGAAGUGGAGAUGUAUGUGGCAGCGUCUGUGGAGGCAGGGAGCAGUGGAAUCACCCACUCGUAUAGUUAGAGGAGGAGGAGGAGGUGGAGGUGGUGG